AUGACAUGUAUAUUCAACGGUUCAUUUAUGGAGUCUGACAGAUUCUUGGCCUACGCUUUACAUACCCUAACUUCUAUCGAAAUUCCCCUCCAUGUAAUCGGUGCCUAUUUGAUCAUUUUCAAGACUCCACGUGCUAUGAAAACUGCAAAACACAGUAUACUCCAACUACAUGUUACGUGCACGAUGAUGGAUUUGAUGAUUACGAGUUUUUGGAUUUUCUACUGGUUGAUACCGAGUGCGGGAGGGUUUCCAGUUGGAUUGAUGACUAAUAUUGGAAUCAAUUCAACGGUUCAAGCGUUUAUUGCGUUUAAUGUUAUGUUGGCGGUCGCCCUCACCUAUGUCUCAUUUUUCGAAAACCGCUACGAUGCUCUUGUUAUUGGUUACAUCGGGAGAUCCCAACGAAGAAAUUUCUGGAGAGCAGUGUACUUUAUUGUGAAUAUCAUUUAUGUGGAAUCUAUUUUGGCAUUCGUGUUUUUAAAUAUGACAACUCAAGAGGAAGGAAGGAGAAAUGUAGAAUUGAAACAGCCAUGCAUUCCAUCGUCUCUCCUCAAUAACCCAAACUUCAUCAACCUCAACGUAAAGAAUGAAUACUUACCACAUUUCAUAGGCUCUAUGGUUUUGAUCAUAUUCCUCCAGGGCUUAUAUUUCGUUUUCUACACAACAUACUAUUUGUUCAAAGACGUGGCACAUGUCUCCAAAACUACACGUAUGAUGCAACGAAAGUUUUUUCUUUCAAUGUUUCUGCAAGCUGUGAUACCAGCGCUUUCCAUUGCGUUGCCUUUUCAUUGCUAUUAUUAUUUGUGGAAAACAAGAUAUUUCUAUCAAACAUACAACAACUUGGCAAUGAUAGCAAUGGGUUGCAAUGGACUAUUCAGUACACUCGUCAUGAUCCUUGUCCAUCAUCCCUACCGUAGUGCUGUCCUGGAGAUGUGUCGAGUCAGGAAGAUUGAAUUCCCGAGGUCUGUCGUGGCUACUAUGAAUCUACGGCCGCUGGUGAAGAUUUCGGGUGGAUGA